CAAAUAUUUUAAUUGGACAAAUGGAUAUUUUAUUUGGAUUGGUGAUAAUAUUACAUUACCUUUUUAUGUGAUCCAGAUAUUUUGAGGUAAUGUUUCUUUCUUUACUCAUAAUAAAUUCCAUAAAUUCUGACUGUGAAGUAUCGUUAUUUUUUAUCUGUAUUAGAAAUUACAAAAGCAAAAUGACAGCAAACGUCAUUUUAUAAUUCAUUGCCCAAGUCGGUCGAAUUGAAUAAAGUUAUUUUUGUGCGCGAUUUUAAUAAUUCAGCGUAAAUGGAAAAUAAUAGUGUGUUGGUUGUAGGAAGGAGGUGCUAAAUUGCAGUUUUUGUGUUUCAUACUGGUGCUUGAGUGUAUUACAGUGACAUCAAUGGCUUCUACACCAAAACAAGUGAACGGCAAACCGUCGAAUAGUAACGGCUCCCUGGGAAAGCGGAAGAAAUCUCGUGGGAGCAGAGGUUCAUACCUGUCCAAAUGGCUGGACAAGACUAUGCACCACAUCCAAGAGUCCACGCCCAGUAUGGAUACGUACGAUACUUUUGUCAACCCAAACGUGAACUAUUCGAUGGGGAGUUCGCAGUUCGCACCCGGCUAUGAUCCUUACAGACACAUGUACGGAUGCGCACCUGAGCCAAUGUCUCUGCCCACGCUGCCCUCUUACUGCAACCCACCAAUGAUGCCCUUCUACGGGCCCGAAUAUAGGUACGUGCAGAGUGUAAACAAAAGCAUCCAAGUGCAGCGGCCGCGACUGCGACGCCGGAGCGACAACAAGGCUGAGGAAGUGAGCAGUACGCCAGGACACGGCACUCCAACCCAUUCAGCCAACAACUACUUGCAACCAAAGAAUCUUACAGACAGCCAGGACUUUGCUAGCUUACCACCUAUUGUGACGUCUGUGGGCGACACUAAUUCCAACAGUGACAUGAAUUUGAAUGAUAAGGAUGAAGGGAGGGAUGGCAGGAGGUACAGUGACCCUUGUGUGAGAGGCUUGCCUGAUGUAGCCAGGCCUGCUAACGGAGAUGUGGAGUCAGGGUCAGAAGCAAGUUCUGACAUGUCUGGAAGUCAGGUGGGUAGCAGACUACUGACAUGUCUUCUUGACCAAAUAACUACCCUGAAGAUGGCAAAUGAAAGACUGAAUAAAGACUUAAUGGAUACCAAAGUGGAACUGGAGAACUUGAGACAACACAAUGCCAUAUUGAAGGGAUCGAAUUCAAGUAUUGGUGCGACACCUAAUCACUCACUAAAUGAUAAUGCAUUCUUAGCGGGGCAGUACGCACCAGGCUUCCUGACCGACUUGGUGCGCGAGAUCAGGGAUGCGGCGCGCAUGCGCGAGGAUGCACUCUACUCGCGCGUGCGAGCUAUGGUCGUCGAGAGGAACGAUGUCUUUGGUAUGUCAAGAACCGAAAAGCAACUGAUUUCAAAUGAUUACCGCGAUCACGGCGUCGGCGUGUAUACUAACGGUUUGACAUCUUCGGAAGCUAAGUUCACGGAAAAAGCUCUUGAAGAGAUCAAGAGUUCUCUGCGUGCUUCGGAUGCGGACAAGCGGCGUAUGAUGGAUCGCAUCGUCAAACUGGAAGACGAAUUGCGCGUACUUAGACUCACUAACGGUAUGGAGUCGAACGAGAACAAAAUAUCGAACGGUAACGUUGAAGACGCCGACGCCGAGCGCAUGCGCCUACGCAAGGAACUCGCCGACAUGCGCAAAGCCAAACAGAACGCCGAAGAACAUUCGCUUAAACUCGAACGUCUAGUAACACAGCUACGUUCCAAAUUCAACGGGCUCCAACUGACGAACGGACCCGAUUCGUUGCCGAGCGAACCCGAACACGACACGAGCGGGCGCGCGCGCCGAACGAGCGUCAAUUCGACGAACAACUCGACCGUCGUGUUUGGCCCCGUUACCGAUUUGUAGCGAAUGGAAAUCGCGAACGCGGCCAUUUUCGUAGCCGCUGAUCUAUUCUGGUCUAUAUUGUAUAAGUUUUCUUAACAGACUUGAAAAUGCAGUAGUUUAACCGACUUUUAAUAAGGCGGUUAUUGUGAAUACGGCUUGGUAGAACGAGGCAGUUUCGACAGUGUUUCGGAUUAAAAAUAAGUGUUCUACAAUUUUGCUUGUCUUGUUUUGAAGAAUCUCAGUCACUGGAAUUGAUUAAUUUAGGUUUUCUGUGUGCCUUUUAUGCCCUCGAAUAUAAAAUAGACCCAAACACAUUUUAAUUAUGAAAGACCAUACAAAUUUUAUGAUGGCAGAAAAUAUAUUUCUACCAUAUGAUUCGGUUUUACUUUUAUAUUUUAAAUUUUUUUGACAUUAUUUCAGUUCACAAGCUACUAUUUUGAUUUUUUUUCAAUUUAGUUCCCUCAAUAUAUUUCAGAUAAAAGAAAUAUUUACAAUACCGCUAUGUUUUUGUGUUCUGUAACAUUGGUGCUCACAUUUACCUAUAACUGUGUAUACGUACUUAUAUGUAUAUUAAUUAAUACAUCACACAAUUUUAAUAACUAAUUAAUAUUUGCUCACAUUGCGUUACCUAUACUUUGGUCUCAAAAUUAUGUUUUAGUGUGCUAAAUUAUGUAACUAUGUACUAUGUGUUAAAAUAUUUAUUUGCGGCAAAUAAAAUCAUUUAUUUGUUGAUUUAAUAACUAAUUGAUAUCAUACUGUAAUAUUUAGUUGUGCAAAUGGUCCAAUUUUCAAAAGUACAGUCGUAUUGAAAACGCAUUUGACAUGAAAAAAAUAAAUAUUUAGAAUAAAAAAAAAACUAUCAUUAUUUUUGUUAUUGAUUUUGUCGGUGACUAUGUAUUUUUUAAAUACGCCUUCUUGAAUUAUUCAACUCAACAGAAACGCGUAUAUCAUCCGAUCUACCAACAAAUUAUGAUGACAUUUCGUCAAUUUACCCAACUGAUUAUUACAAGCAAUAAUGUCGCGAUCAUUUAACGAUUACAAACACAACACUAUACUUGAUCGUUUACAUAGCAAUCGGCUCGUAUUUACUAACUUCAUGCACGCCUGUUGGCGUUUGCAAUUUUCGACCAAUUGCCUUUUCACACCUUUUCAUUAAAUCAUUUUAAUGUUUGCCGUAAGUUGUAAGUUGCCAGUAUUUGUGUGCUAAUUAUUUCCUUUGUUUCUGCGUGUAAUCAUGAACAAUAUUUUAUUUAUAUGUAUACCUUUUUCGUGUUCCAAGUGAUGCUGAAAGCAGUUCUUGACUGGUAAUUAAAAAAGUAUGUAAAUUGCAUCCUUAUUACGUAUCGCCGAAUAACAGCCUCCAUAACCUUCAUUUAUAGAUAAAAAAAUCACAGAAUAAGUAUGUGACUGCUUUGUGAAACGAUGUGUGUUAAUUAAAAAAAAGCCAUGAUCUAUGUCAUUAAGGUGCAUUUUUGUAUGUCCAGUUUUCUCACUGCUCAGCUGCUAAAGUACAUGUAACAAUGCAUAAAGUUCUAUUUGUUUCUAACGAGCUAGCUGAAAUUUUGCGCACGCAAUUAAAACUUGCCCGAAGUACGGUGUUUCGUUAAUUUGUGUUGUUUGUUUGAUAAUUAAUUGAUCGAUUGCAGUCUUCUGUGAAUAUUUUGUGUCUAUAUCAAUCAGUGAAGUUUGUUCUAGCUGUUUGAUUUAGCUGGCAAACUAUGGUUUUGGUUUUCGAGUUUGAGAUUAUUGCGAUAAUUUUGAUUAAUUGUUACGAAGCUGGAAAUUAUUUUAACUGUCGAUCAAGGUUUGCUCAACCGAUUGAAAGUUGUAUUAUUUGACAAUAGUUAGCCGCAAUAUACAAAUAUACAAUAAUACUCUUACAUAAGAAAAAAAUAUAAACCAACACAUAUAUUUUAUUGUUUUGUAUAAAAACGCUCACAUCUUAGAAAUUCUGUGUUAAAAAUUAACGAGUGGCUCAUGUGAUUGUGAUGUUUAUUAUUUUAUUAUUAUUAUUUAGCGAAUUUAAUUCACUAGUUAAGUGUUUUGUGUGUGAUUGUACUUGUUUGCUCUCUAACGUUUGCAUGUUGUAAUGAAACACGAGUGAAAUUAUUAAUUGUAAUUAAAAUUUAAUAUUAAUUAACGAUUUGUAUAGUUUAGUCGGCCAACGUAUACCGGUUAUUGUAUAUUAUGGUUAAAAUAUAUUAAAAAGCAUGUACUUAUAUUGUAAUGAUAGAAUUUAAUAUUUAAAAUAAUAUGCAGUCAUGUAACUCUUUCGAAGACUAGUUGACUAGACUUACGUUUGCAAAAAUCUAAUACUGAAAUUGUGUAAUUCAUCUAAAUUAGAUUAUACAUUUUGCUAGAAAGAACUAAAAUAAAAUCACAAAAGUAAUUUUCCAGAUGUGUCACAAAAAUAUUGUUAACAUCACAUUAUAUGUAGAUAUUACGUAAUUGUUGAAAUUAACAUAAACCCUUCAUAAUACAGAUUUAAUAGAUGAUCAAUACUAACCACCGAUUUCAUCACAUUAGACUGAUUAUAACAUUUAUAACUAAUGUAUUAACUAAACGUAAGACACAUACCAAAUUGGAUUCUAAGUAGGAUCGGUUAUAAUGUAGCGAUUAAUUUAUUGAAACUUAGGCCUUAUAGUUAUGAGCAUAGAGUUUAAUUUGCAUCUAACAUAAUAAUUCUAUUGAAAUUUUCUAUCUAGAAUUAGCUUCAAGCCAAAACUCUACCAAAAACUAAGCGGAGCUCAGAAGUAUUUAAAUAACCAAUAGAAUUUCGCUAUUCUAUCAUUACAUCCCAAAUCUAUUGGUUGUUUUGAAUCUGUUCAGCUUCGCUCCGCUUAAGUGGAGUCUGGGCCUUAACAUAGUUGAUAAAAUCUGUCGAUAAAAACGUCUAUAUUAGAUGCAAAUCACUAUGCAAGUAGCAAUAAAAUAUGCGAACAAUAAAAAAUAUGCUAUCGUAAGUAAACGUUGGAAUUUAUAUAAUAUGUAUUCUAAAUUGAUGUGACAUAUAACUCGUAGCUCAGAUUAUCCAAUAGGGAAGCUUACACUUAUGUAUUGUAAAAUAGCUAUGUAUCUUAUCAUAUAUUACUCAGUAACGUUAAGUUUAUAUUAUAAAAUGGCUCGUUUUGAAGUUGAUAUAAAUUCUAGUAUAAUCUCUAAUUAACAGUGCCCUGUUGUAUUUUUUAUCACCACAAAAGUAAGCCCAGAAUAGUAUAGUCCAGCAGUCGAUAUAUUUGAAAAUAAUAGUGCUUGCAAUAUCUAGACUUUUAAUUACUAAGUCGAUAUUUUAAUUAUUUAAAUCUUUAAUAAAUAUUUACCUGUCGCAGUAGUCAACUUUAAAACGAGUCAUAAUAAAUAAAAAAUGGUGCCUUAACUACGUAACGUUGUCCGCCCAUAUAAGCAUAUUGUUGUAUCACUGUUGUACCGUGCCAUCGCUAUGGCGAACCGCUUCUUAUCGAUAACUAGUGUUGUGCAUACUAUCGACUAUUGUUCCCACUAGUGAUGUAUGAAAAAACGCAUGCCUACUCCUCAGCUAAAGUCUGUAUAUUGUUAAAUAUAUGCACUUUUAGAUAUUGGACAUUAUAAAUUGUAAUAUCUCAUUGUAUAGGUGCAUAGAAUAGAUAUCUAGUAAAAGUUAAAAUGAUAAAUUAAUAGUAAAUGCCCAAAAUAUACUCAACUGAAAUAACUAAACCAAAUAUAUCGUGUUUUUACAUAUUUCUACAUUAAUCCAUAUACAGAAGACAAUAUGAAUCAUCUUAAAGAUUAUUUUUCAAGAGUUGUCAGUUAUUUUUGAAUCCAAGUGUACCUAAGUGUAACCAUUACUUACUGCCAGUUGUGAUAGUCCAAAAUACUCGAUUUGUGCUAUUAAACUCAUGUUAAUCGUUUCACACACAUUUUCCAUGUUAUUAUAUAAUAGUUAUUGAUAUAGUAUGAUGGGGGUUUUAAUAAAUGAUAUAAAAACUAA